UCCAUGAAGGAUUCAAAAAACAUGGCAAAUUAACUUAYACCUAACUCGUUCUAUUUAAAGUUUUACCCCAAGGGAAUGUAGAAGUCCUUUCAAGAAUGUAUUCUGUAUCUUAUAAGCAAGAAAAAGCUCAUGAAGACAGCAUUUGGACAGUUGCAUGGCGAACCAAUGAAAAUGAYGGGGCAGAGAAUGUGCUUACUGGGGCAGUCGAUGACUUGGUGAAAUGCUGGCGAUGGCAUGAAGAUAAAUUAGAGCCCAAGUUUAACUUUGAAGGCCACCAGUUAGGUGUUGUAUCAGUAGACAUCAACUCUGCAGGAACACUUGCUGCAUCUAGCUCUCUUGAUAGCUAUGUUAGGGUUUGGGACUUAGAGUCAGGAAAACAGCUAAAAACUGUAGAUUGUGGUCCAGUGGAUACCUGGACAGUAGCAUUUUCACCAGACUCCAAAUUCAUUGCAACUGGAAGUCAUUCAGGUCAAAUAAACCUUAUUGGUCUAGAAAGUGGUACUAAAGAAAGUUCCUUAGAUACUAGAGGRAAGUUUACAAUGAGUAUUGCAUAUAGUCCAGAUGGUAAUUAUAUUGCCUGUGGAGCCAUUGAUGGAAUCAUCAACAUAUUUGAUCUUACUACAGCCAAACUACUGCACACAUUAGAAGGACAUGCAAUGCCGAUAAGAUCUCUUACAUUCUCACCGGACUCACAGUUACUCAUCACUGCUUCUGAUGAUGGACACAUAAAGAUGUAUGAUGUACAACAUGCCAAUCUAGCUGGUACACUUUCUGGACAUAGUUCUUGGGUUCUUGAUGUAGCUUUCUGUCCAGACAACAAGCAUUUUGUUUCCAGUUCAAGCGAUAAAACAGUGAAAGUCUGGGAUGCGGGGACAAGACAAACGGUUCAUACUUUCUAUGAGCAUGGYGACCAGGUUUGGGGUGUGAAAUACAAUGCAACUGGUUCAAAGAUAGUCUCUGUGUCUGAUGAUAGAAGUAUUGUAGUAUAUGACUGUCCAAUUUAAUAAAUACAUGUGUGCUAUAUGUCCUUGUCGCCUUUAUAUAAAGUGUAUUAAUAUACCAACCGUA